UGGCGGAUGUUGUGUUUAUUUCCAUCGACUAAUAAAACUAAUAACACUACGAACCACUGUAAAAAUAUAAUAAUGGGCGCUGAGUGGUCGAAAUUUAAUCCUAGCAAACGUUUUAAACGUGGUGAAGACUAUACGACAUUGGACGCAGCCAACAAACGUACGCAGCACUGUCUGUUUACAGGGAUUGACUGGAACCGUCUACCUUACCUGGUCUUGGUUCAAGUCUUCCAACACCUGGACCAGACAGACAGGUACCACGCUGCUCUCACGUGUAAAUCCUGGCUACUGGCACUCUCUAGUCCAGCCGUGUGGCGCACGGGACACUUCAAGUUAAACACUAAAUAUGAUAAAUAUUUGCUCCCUUUCAUUAGAAGGAUGGGGAAAUCUUUUCUGCACAUUAGAGCCGAUGGUACAGGGUUGCGAGAUGUAGACAUUGACAUUAGCACACGAUUUCUGUCGCUGUUCCUUGGAGUCCUCAUUGAUGUUAACAACCAGAAACUGGUCACUCUCAGCCUGACCAAUACAAAGAUAUUAUGGUCAACCAACGCCUACCUCAGGUGGGAGGUGGUGGAACAACUUGAAACCCUUCUAGAAAACCAGCACCAACUCCAAGUUCUGGAUCUAAGCAACGCUGAUCUUAAACUAUAUGAAGGUCUUGACUUGCUGUUGGCGGCGACGCUGAACUCCUAUGCUUCGAUCAACACCCUCCACAUUAACGGGCUGGUCAAGGAGAUCUUCUCAGCUUUUGUGGCAAAUGAUGGGAAAUUCCAUUUGGUCGUGUCUCGUCUCACCAAUUUAUGUGUACUACAGCUCGACUACCCCUACCUGUCGAACACAGUGCUGUACCUGCUUGCUGCAACAGCCAGCAAUACCCUGCAGCUGAUGACUGUUCAUCGUACCUAUUUUUACAUCGCCCUAACUCGAAUCACCUCGCCAGCCUGGCAGUCCCUGACAUCUGCUUGUCCAAGACUCAAAAUUGAAUUUUUUAUUGAAUCGAAUUAUGGCUCCUGGUCUGAAAUGUCGUACAUGCUUGUUCCAUCUAUGCCACUUCAUAAACUCCAUUGGAAGUGCAUGUUAUGGUUGGAUGAAGACUGCGUUAGCCACAUCGCUGACAACUUUCAGACAAUAGAGCAUGAGAAGAUGUAA